AUGUUGAGUGAGUCGAUCUGCCUCAGAAUUGUGCCUUAUUCUCUCCUGACUCAUUGCGCAAUGUCCGACUUCAGCGACGCCGGAGCCCUGCUGCUCGCAGCCACAUCAUCUUCCGCCGACCUUCUCGCCGUCAAUAUCAAUUUCCCCUCCACCUACUCGGCCCUGGCAGCAUCUGCCAUUCUGGCCCAUUAUGGCAGUAAUACUCCCAUCGGGAUCCGGCGUCCACUGACCAAUGUCACGUUCUUCGACUCUUGGUUUUUUGAAUUAGGCGAAUACACAAGCAAAGUGGCUUAUCACUGGUCUGGAGUUGUCUGGGCUUCUUAA